UCCAGAACAUUCUGAUCCUUAUGUAAUUACUCAGAUUAGAAACUGUGUCAAACUACUUAAUUCAGCUCCUAAUAGAAAUUUCUAGAACUUUAAGGCUCAUGUAUAUUAGAGCGAGAGUUUCUUCUGUAAGCUUAGUGCUGUAAAUUCGUGAAGUUACCUUACGGAAAUAAAUUAGUUUGUUGCUGUUACCAGCGAUCCAGAGUUUCGUCUGGAAACAAUCCUGCUCUACAACGAUACUCGUAACAUUGGGGGCCUGUCCGGGAGAGCAGAAAUUUGUUUGCUGGACUACCGUAACCAGGAAAGCUACAGGACAAGCGUAGCAGAGUGGAUUUGGUGAUCUGUGUGACCCGAUUUCGUGUAAAAGAAGGUUUCGCUGUUAUCCUGUGUGGACAUUUCCAGACUGCGUGUCAUACACUGUUAUCCUUUGUGGACAUUUCUAGGCUGUGUGUCAUAUGAUAUGGAGAAGUUUGUUGAGUUAGGCAAAACGUUUGCCCUGGAAGGAGCUGAGUUGCUUGCAUUUGUGGAGAAGCGUAGAGAGGAAGAACGAGAGGAGAAACGUAGAGAGGAGGAACGAGAGGAGAAACACAGAGAGGAGGAACGAGAGGAAAAACGCAGAGAGGAAGAACGAGAGGAGAAACGCAGAGAGGAAGAACGAGAUGAGAAACGCAGGAGAGAGGAAGAAGAAAAAGAAGAGAGAUUGAGGAUAGAAGAAGAGGAGAAAGUGGAGAGACGUAGAAGGCAAGAUGAGGAGUGGGAAGCGCGACGACAAGAGCGAGAAAUAAGAAAACUGCAAAUGGAGGCUGAGCUUCAGAGACAGAAAGUGGAAAUCGGAGAAGCCCAGAGAAGAAAUGAAACGUUUAGAGUUGGAACAGACCCAUCAGUGGCCUGGUGCUCAAGCAUCUAAUAAAGAGGACAGAGCGAA